UUUUAGGUGCAUCGUUGAACUAGGCUUGAAGAGAGAGAGAGAGAGCGUGAUAUGGCUCUUGUCCCGUUAGUAGCAAAAACUCUCGCAAAGUAGAAUCACAUAUAAAAUGCUUAAAAGAACGAAGGCAAUGUUCGGAGAUCUUGCAGCCCAGGAUCUCUCUAUUACACUCCUUUCUUUAUGCAUUCUUAAUUCAGAUCCCAAUUCCAGAUCCUGCUAACUCAGAUCUCUUCCCUUCACCUUUUCUUCUUUUUACUCAAUUUUUCCCUUUCAACUUUCCCGAGAAAAUAUCAAUUUUCUCUCCGCCUAUUCCUUCUUCCCUCGCAAUUUCCACGGCUUCGAUUCACAAUGGCUCUGAACAUCAACAAUCGAACAUCAAUUCUCGCUCUUCGCCUCUUCCUUCUCAUCUGCCUCUUCUUCAACCUGUUGAUGAGCUUCGCUCAGGAUUCUCUCGUUCAGAACGUGAAGGAAGAUUCUGGUGGAUCUGUAGAUCUCGGUCGUCGCGGCAAAAUUGCAUUGAAUGAUAUAGAGAAUGAGUCGGUCAUUUCUCUUGGCUUGGACUCCUCAGGUCCUGGACUCUUCGAUGCUUUUUUUGCCAGUCUAUCAAUGAUCCUUGUCAGUGAGAUUGGGGAUGAGACGUUUAUAAUAGCAGCUCUUAUGGCUAUGCGUCACCCUAAGUCAAUUGUCUUGUCUGGUGCGCUCAGUGCCCUGAUUAUAAUGACGGUCCUUUCUACUGGGCUGGGCAGGAUUGUGCCAAAUUUGAUUUCAAGGAAGCAUACUAAUAGUGCUGCUACAGUUCUUUAUGCUUUCUUUGGGUUAAGGUUGCUGUACAUUGCAUGGAGAUCCGAUCCAAAAUCCUCACAGAAGAAAGAAAUGGAAGAAGUUGAAGAAAAACUUGAAGGUGGACAAGGGAAAACUUCAUUUAGACGCUUCUUUUCAAGAUUUUGUACACCAAUAUUUUUGGAGUCUUUUAUUUUAACAUUCCUUGCCGAGUGGGGUGAUCGUAGCCAGAUUGCAACAAUUGCACUGGCGACACACAAAAAUGCACUGGGAGUAGCAGUUGGGGCCACUAUAGGACACACCAUCUGUACCUCAUUGGCAGUGGUGGGAGGAAGCAUGCUGGCAUCUAAGAUUUCCCAACGCUCAGUGGCCACUGUUGGUGGCUUGCUCUUCCUCGGCUUUUCCUUAUCUUCAUACUUCUACCCUCCUCUAUGAUAAUAUAUAUGCUAGAUUAAUCUGAUUCGUAAUGGCUUGUGGUCUUUCUAUCUUGGUUUUUUCAUAUAAUUGUCUUUAUUGUAGAAUUUGUUGUACUUACUCCUUAGGAAAGCUCAAUACUAACUGGAACUUGAGAUUUUGAAUCCCAUUCUUUUUUGUAAAAUAUUUUGCGUUUUCAUCUCCUCCGAUCACAACAUAGAUAGCCAUUCAUUAUGUUGGAAAGGCAAAAUUAUCGGCCUUCUGUCGCGGUUUGUUUACAAUUGGCCUUUGUGGGUACAUAGUAAACUUUGAGCUUGAGAUUGAUUGACACGCUC